AUGGCGAAGCACGUUUCGGAUCAUCUUGUCCACAGUCAGACAAGGGGGGGUGAGACAGAAUUCCUCGCCUCCAACGCAACCAUACUGAACGAAGAGAAAUACCAACGACAAGGUGAUGUUCUUCUGAAGAAGUCGAAAAGAAGCAGCCCAGCAAAGAGGACAACGGUGACGUUACGUCGUACCAAUGGAAACAAUGCGGUCACGUUGAUCUUUACACUGACAGCCGCGCUGGUGCUCCUGCUGGUUUCUGUCAAAUUACAGCAGUGUCGGCAAGGGUUGCUAAGAAAAACAACUGGAGAAACUGCAGGAAACACUAGCCGGAGACUUGCAGAAGGCGGCCAUGAAGACAAGUGUGUAAGCUUGGCUACAGCAUCAACGAGGUGCCUUCAGGUGGCCUGUCGUUUCCACGAAGAACAGAACUCGGUCCCCACACGACGGCGACUCCUCACCCCUUCCAUACCUGGCAUCUAUUCUGCACCGACGUCUCAAACUAGCUACUUUCAGUGGUUCCGCCUCCCUGGCGUGAGCUCCUGA